GGCGGUUUCACCGGCGCGGGGCGCGGGCCGGGGCCGCGGAGGUCGCGCGCCUCCCGCCUCCUCCCUCCGAGACGUGUCAUACGUCGGCACUCCGUCCUCGCCGAUCGCUCAGUCGUAGCGUGGAGUGCCCCGUCACCGGUCGUUUUCGCCCUUCGCCGGAGUGACCGUUCGAUAGAGUGACGUGCGACGACUCCGACUCGCCCUCGGGUCGCCGCCUUCUAGGGGAGUCGGAAGCCAGCCGCGGGUGCGUUCGCGACCGUCCCGACCGUAGAGUAUCCGGUAGCAGUCGAAAAUAGCCUUCGUUAUCAUGACGACCUCGGCCGGCGAGACGAGAUAAUAGGAGGUCGGCAGCACCUGCGCGGCGCGGCCCACGUGCGCGCCCGCUGCAGCCGACAAUUAGCGAGUGGCUCGCUCCUCCGCCGCCUGCCGGGCCGUCUUCCCUCUCUUAUCUCCGGCCGCCCUCCCCCUCCCCGAGCUGCCCUAAUGACUCGCGAUAACUGGCUAAAGUCUAAACAAAAGACCCGACUAUCGAAUAUUGCAUAGUCGAUGGCUAUCAAUUAGUCCAUGACAAAGGCAAUUUAAAAUAAACCUACUUAAAUCAGUGAAUAAUGUUACGUCGUAGUGAGUUAACGGACACUACACAGUUUACAAAAAUGAGAACUAGAAGUGUGAGUUAGCAUCGAUCGAAAGGAUGGAAAUACUUAUGGAAGCCGCCAAAUCUAAUUUCCCGAUUGCGAAUUAUCGAAAUCCUCGCAGCGGAGCGCAGUACUUCGGAGAGAUGGGCGCGCCCGGGGACGCCUUCUACGGCGAGACGCUUCACACCAUAUCGAUAAAUACCAGGGAAACAGACUUCGGGAGCGUCAUCCAGCCGAUCCCGAUCACGCUGAGGGCCUACAAGCAGUUCCAGACGCCGGCCGGAGUCACAAACGGCGCUCCCUUCCUCCAAACCGAAGGCCUGCCGUCGACCGCCAAGGAUGUCGAUAUGGCCAACGAUGAUAUAGAGAAGGACACCUCAGAAAAUGACAAAGUUCCUAGUGAAGAAGCCAGUAAACCGACGAGAAUAGCGAGGCCACCCAAAAAGAAGUGGAUCAAAGAAUAUUUAGAGGAAGAGCCGACGCCCGUUUCGUUGCGGGUGACGGAGUUGUCGGUGGCGGGCGGCAACGGCCUGGUGCGACCGAAGUCCCCGGCGGCGGUGGUGGCCCCCGUGACGGGGGUACCGGCGCCGCUGGCGGUGGCACCCGCACCCCGAGUGCCUCUAGUGGAACCGAGCCCUGCCCCCGUAGUAACGUCGGUCGUGCAUACCACGUCCCUCCUAGACUUCGUUCAAGAACAUUCCAAGCAGCGCGUCAACAGUAGCCAUGGUUCCCAGAUCCCGUCGCCGACGUCGAGUAGUAGCAACGGUACGCCGCGGGCCGGCACGCGGGAAGUCCACAACAAGCUGGAGAAGAACCGCCGAGCUCACCUCAAGGAGUGCUUCGAGCUGCUCAAGCGCCAGCUGCCCGCCACGCCCGACGACAAGAAGACCUCUAAUCUGGCGAUACUGGGGUCCGCUAUACGGUAUAUUCAGGUGCUGCGGCGCAAGGAGCGUGAAUGCGAGCAUGAGCUGGAGCGGCUGGCGCGGGAGAAGAUCGCGGCCCAGCAGCGCCUCGCCACGCUCAAGCGGGAGGUGCCGCUGCAGCCGCCCAGGCACAGGGUUGUAGAAACUGUUGUCGAGGAUGGCGAGCGGAGUAGCAAAAUCAAUGGCACCGUUUUAGGAACCAAUUUAAAUAUGCGGACGUCUCCGCCGUUGUGUGCGAGUGUGGCGAAGAGCUCGCCGACGCUCAACCUCAGCACCAGCCUGCGGACGGUGCCGCUGCAGAUCUCCUCCGCACCCUCGCAGGUCGUCCGGACGUCGUACGGGGCGCGGCACAAUACGCUCACACUGACCACGCUCUCCUCUGUUGACGCCGCACAGAACUCUCAAGAGAAUGGCGUUACCAACACUCUGGGUACCUUGGUCCAUCCUGCCCAAAUACAUCUACCGAUAUCCCAGGUGGUUGGCAACGGCGGUCUGGUGGUCGGUCCGGCGGCGCUUCAGCUGCUGUCCACCAGCGGCCUGCGGGUCCUACAGGCGCCUACUGUACACGCUAAUGGGUUGACUACAGAGAGUACGGUGGUAGUUAAAGAGAAUGGUAUCGUGUCUACACCGACGGCGGUCACGUCAGAAGGUGUGGUAGUGAGCGGUCUGUCCCCUAUCGUGGUGUCGCAACCGGCCGCGCACCUGCAGCUGCAAACACACACUCUUGCGCACAAGGUGGUCGAAACACAAAUGGUGAAGGGCAGUGUGGCGCCGCUGACGGUGUCGGCGCGGUAUCUCAGCGCCACCACCAUCGUCAAGCCCGUGGUGGUGGUGUCGAGUGCCCCCACCGCCCCCACCGCCCCCGCGCCCCCCUCCUCCACGUGACCGGACCCGCCCCCCGACCACUGAGCGCCCCCUCCCGUGGACAUACUCAACUCGUGUGAUCUAUUUAUAGUCUCUAUCCGUUACGUCUCCCUCGGAAAUUAUUUAUGUAAUAUAAAAUGACUGAUAUUUAUUAUGAGAAGUAAAAUUAUAUGAAAAAAUUAUUAGCAAAAUUAUAAACGCAAUACUGUUAGUCGUAAUCGCGUAUGUGGGCUCCUGGUUUAUGCAUUUUAUUGUGUCUUCUCUUGGCUGAUGUACUGAAGGUUGUCGGCACUUAAGGCCACGUUCACUGCCAAAGUUACUAUAAUUUCAAUUAAAUUGACUAGCUACAUGUGUACUCGUAGCACGCGCGGUAAGAGUGACCGUAAUUAUUAUUAAAUUAUCGUUAUACAAUGUUUUAUGCAAGGAACCUAUGCCCGGAAAUCUAUGAUUUUUUUAGUUUUCAGAGCACGAUUACUGACUAGAUAUCGGCCGGCCAAAGUACUCGUAGCGAUAUAUUUUUCUACUGGCACUAUGUGCGAGACCCGACAUGUUUCUUAAUAUUUAAGGGAGCAAAAUUCAUCUAAAAUAAAAUAUUUUUUGGAGUGGAUGUCUUUUAGGAUGGGCCUAGAUUCUACUAUAAGUUAGCAAUCUCCUUGAAUAUGAUUUUACAAAGAAAUAUUUUAGUACCGUGUGCAUCAAAAUGAACACUUACCUCCUUCGCUGGACCUUCAAGUCAUAUAAAAUAAGAAAUGAAUAUUUAAUAAGAAAAUAUAUAAAAUAGAAUUUAAAAUAGACAAUAGUCAGUAAAGUUUGUCAUUGAGAAUAUUAGCGUAAAUAUGUUGUAAUCAGUUUUAAGCCUAAGUUAGUUUAAAUAAAAAAGUAUAAAAAACAGUAAGUAUCUG